AUGCAGGAGGGCGACGUCGGCGUCGCCGCGGUGCCGGUGAACGGCCGGCGGCUCCCGCGCGGCGAGUCCGACGUCCUCCCCGCGCCGAGCGUCCUCGGCCGCGGCUGCGAGACGUGCGACGCGUCGCUCGGAAGGAUCGUGCUCUUCUUCGCCUAUCGCAGACUGCGAGACCCGUCCGGCGUCGUCGACCGCCUCCGAGCGACGUGCGAGGCGCACGGCGUGACGGGGAAGAUUCGCGUGGGCGCGGAGGGGAUCAACGGCACCGCCGCGGGGUCGAUCGCGGGGAUCGACGCGCUGAGACGCGCGUGCGAGAACGACGAGGACGAAGGGCUGCGCGACGCCGCGAGGUCCAUCGACUGGAAGCCCACGCCGGGGUGCGCGCACCUGUUCGACGCGCUCAGCGUUCGCUUAGUCCCGGAGAUCGUCCCGUUCGAGGGCGCGCCGCUACAACUAGGGGCCCGAGAUCGAUCGGGGAGGAGGAGGAGGGUGGAAGAGCGAGAGGAGGCCGCCGACGACGCCGCCGCCGCGACGCCGCCGCCGCCGCCGCCGACGCGCGGUUGUCCGAUCGCGUUCGUCGACCCGCUCGACUUCCACCGCGCCGUUCUGGCGUCCUCCGCGACGACGUCCGCCGCCGCCGCCGCCGCCGACGCCGAAGCCGACGACGCCGAUGUCGUCGUGUUGGACGUGCGGAACUGGUACGAGUCUCGCGUCGGGCACUUCGACGGCGCGCGUCUCUUGCCGCUGCGACGAUUCGGACAGCUCCCGGAAUAUUUCGACUCGCGGUGUCCUCCGGACCUCGUCGCCGGGAAGGAGGUGUACAUGUACUGCACCGGCGGGAUACGGUGCGAGAAGGCCGCGGAGUACCUCGCGGGGCUCGCGCCGGGGCCGGACGGCGCGCCGAGGGCGCCGAGGGCGGUGAAGAAGCUCCGAGGCGGGAUCGUCGCGUAUCAGCGAGACGUCGCGGACGGCGAGGGGCGCGAGCGCAGCGCGUUUAAAGGCUGCAACUUCGUGUUCGACAAGCGCGGCGCCGUCCGGGUGACGGACGACGUCGUGCCGUCCGCGUGGUGCGACGGCUGCGGCGUCGAGAGCGACGCGCUGGGGAAGUGUCGAGGGUCGGGGUGUCACGCGAUUCUCGUCGCGUGCGCGUCGUGCGCCGCCGCCGGCGUGUACUGCUGCGCGGCGUGUCGCGCGCAGGACGACGACGCGGCGGCGGCGGUGGCGGCGGCGACCGAUGGGUGCGGGAAUAAGAAGCGACAGAGGCGGAAGCCGUGCGACUGCGACGGGUACGCCGCGCGCGAGCGGCGGCUCCUUCCUCGCGCGCCGACGACCGAGGAUGCGACGUGA